AUGGCUGAUCCAGUGGAGUGGUUCCGAACAAAUUGCCCAUUUGCUCACCUGUACUUCCCAAAUGCAAGCUGCGCAAGAAUUCAACAACUUUUCGAAUCUUGCGUUCACUAA